AUGGAUAUAAAUAAGAGCAUAAAAGUGCUAUUAGACGCAAUAAACGCCUUCAAGUCAGCAAACACAAGCGAGUCUGUUUUGAUGGCUAAAUUUCCUGCCAAGAUAGAUAAUAUAGAAAUAGUAAAACAGGAUGUAGAUAAGGACAUAGUGAGGCUGGGGUUCUACGUAAAACACCCGGGGGACACAGAGGAAAAACCAAUUGAUAAAAAAGGCAAGCCUGUGGAAUUUUUAAGAAAGCUACUGUGCAAGCUGUAUGCUAUCAGAGAAUAUUACCAGGAGAUGCAGGACUUCUUCAUCCCCAUAAUAUACGCAGAGGUCAUGGGAAAUGAAAACAUCACGUACGAAGAGGUUGAGAAAGACUGCAUGCUGAUUUACGAGAGGUUUUUGUAUCCAUACCUAAAAGAUAAAUUUGCGCUUUCAAUCCAGUAUGAAGAAAUUCUGAAAAAAAUCCCAGGGUACUCUCCUAAUCAGGCUACUGCAGAGAUCCAGGAUCUAAAUGGAAUACUAGUUGAGCUAAAGCACACUGCGCUAUGGUUUGGAAGAGUUUUUAAUUACUACGACCUGGUGUACGUAUACAAAUACUUGCUGGAGUCAGAGCUGCACACCCCAUACAUAUUCUUCUUGGCGGCAAUUGACACAAUCAGAGAGAGAGAAAAGAUGGAUAUGAGAGAGCUGCAGAGCAAAAGCAUGACGCUUGGGGAGAAGAAAAUGAAAGCUCUGAUAGAAAAAAGCAAAAAGCUAGACAAAAGCUAUAAAAGCGAGUUUUCAAAGAAACAAUCCACAAAGUAUAUUUAUGUGGCAUUAGCCACUGCAGGCGUACUGUCUGCUGUAGUAGCAGGCUUUUUAUUAUCGGUAGAAAAGUCCAAUCGAAAAUAA